AUGACUACUCCCAUCGAGGGCGCCUCUGUCGCGGUUCGUCCCCCGCUGGCCGGGUUCAACGGGCCGGGGCGCGGGGCGAGAGUCGUCUCGAUCGCCGCCGCCAUUCUCGUCCUCCUGCAGGCCGUCCACGGAAGAGCUUUCCCCACAUCUUCACCCCCCAAGGACGCUCCAGACAGUGCCCUGCAACCCGCGCCAGACGUGCCUACAAGUAGGAUAGACGAGAAGAAAGUGGUGCUGGGAUGGGACACAACGACGUACUCCAGAUUCCACCACAUGUGGCUUCGUGAUCACUGCCGUUGUCCGGAAUGCUUCCACCCACAUACCAAACAGCGCCUCGUCAACACAUUUGAGAUUCCUCGGGAGAUCAAGCCGACACAGGUGGUCUCGAAACCCGAAGGAUUGGAAGUUCAUUGGCCGUCAUCACACCCUCAUACGUCUCUCUACCCAUGGUCAUGGCUGAAGUAUAAUUCUUACGAUCCACCCAUGCCACGGCCCGGAAAGUCGGAAAAAAUCCUAUGGGGGUCAAGAAUCGUACAAGAUCCUCCAACGGUCACGUACGAGGAAGUCAUGAAUGAAAAUGAAACCGGACUUUUCAAAUGGCUCACAAAUGUUGACAAGUUCGGUUUCUGCUUUGUAUCUGGAGUGCCCAUAACGCCAGAGGCCACUGAGGAGCUAUCGCGGAGGAUAGCAUUCAUUCGGGAAACUCAAUACGGGACCUUCUGGGACUUCACAUCUGAUCUCGCCAAAGGCGAUACGGCAUACACUACCAUGGCUCUAGGAGCACACACGGAUACCACUUACUUCACGGAUCCGUGCGGUCUUCAGCUGUUCCAUCUACUGGAACAUACCGGCGGCACCGGUGGCGCUACUCUCCUCGUCGACGGAUUUUAUGCUGCUUCAAUAUUGAAAGAGCUGCACCCUGAAGCGCACGAACUUCUCUCGAAGGUUACCGUGCCCACACAUGCCGCCGGCGAGGCCGGUGUCCUCUUCGUCCCUAAUCUCAGGAGCACACCGGUUCUCAAGUACCAGGAGGACGAGCUAGUGCAGGUCCGAUGGAAUAACGACGACCGAAGUGUAAUGCGCGACCUCUAUCCGGAACAAGUCGAAGCCUGGUAUGACGCCAUUCGGACGUGGAACAAACUGCUCACGAGUCCCGAUUCGGAGUACUGGGUACAGCUUGCGCCCGGUACGGCUGUAGUGGUGGACAACCAUCGAGUGCUGCACGGUCGCUCCGCUUUCGAUGGGAAACGGCGGAUGUGUGGAGCAUAUAUCGGCAUGGACGAGUACCGCUCUAAGCUCGCCGUCCUUAACGAAGCGUUUGCGCCAGACCCGAUCACAAAGGAGACCGCGGAGAGAUCGCUCGUCAAUGGGCGUAGUAUCUGGCAUCCAGCUCUUUGA